AUGGACGUCUCAAGCAACAACGCAACGACAACUCCUUCAAAUACAAUAACUUUUUGUCACUGCUGCUGCAGGGGAGGUCUUGCGAAUGACGACAUCCAACAGCUGACAACAACCAGCAACUUCUGUAAAACAACUGCUGCAGACAGCAACAACAAAUUUAACAACUCUCUCCUCGUUAAAUCUUUUGAAACAAGUAGCAGCAGUAAAUUAUCAUGUACAAUGCCAACAAAUAACAAUAGCUACACAAACACACACAACAACAUCACAAGCAACUACAUCACAAACAACAACAUCACAAACAACGACAUCACAAACAACAACAAUAACAACCUGUGCGAUUAUGUUGGCAACAAUGAGAACAAACAGAGCAUGAAGCAGGCGAAUAGCACGAAGACUAACCAUUUGAACGGAGAAGUUUACAAUAACCUCCUCAACAAUGUUGUCAACAUCAACGGCGACAACUACGAACAUUUGUGGCCCACAUUCAAAAACUGA